CUGGUCCUAUAUGUUUUUGAGUCUCCAAGUCUUGUUUUAUUAGAAUCAGCGAAAAUAUGGAGGACGACACAGAAUACGCGUUUAAACAACACGAAGCUAUUAUUCCGCAGGUCAUUGAGGCCUACGAUGAAGCCAUUCAACAGAUCUUUGCGGACUUGAGUUCCUCAGAUCUGGAUGUCUGUGCUGCUAUCCUGGAGGAAAACGAGGAUUCUUGCUUGGACACCACGCAGAUAAUAAAUAGCACCCGUAGGCUCAUGACCAAGAUCGUCCUUGAUGUAAAUCAAUGUUUCUUCGCCGGCAGCGAUGUAAGGACUAAGUUGACCACUUUGGAGAUGCUCAAGGAGCAGUUUUCCAAUCACGAAGGCAAGGAUUGGAACUUCCACAGCGUGUCCCCUGAAGAACUCACUCGUCCGUUGCGCAUGCACAGUUUGGAUCUGAGCAUUCGUUUUAUCGAGCGUCAGCUGAAAGUGCAGGAAAUGGAACUUAAGAUUGCUAUUGGCAAUAGUAAAGCGAAUCGACAGAUUAUACGAGAUGUCCAAAGCGACCGUGUGAAAUUGGGUGUCAUGAUACAAGAGCAGAUGGCUGGGUAUCAAGAAAUUAAGCCACAAUUAAUCGAGAUAGAGCGGUCCAUAAAUGACUCGCAUUUGCCGUCCGAGAUGUAAUUUAAUACUUAAAAUGAGAUUAUAUAUGUUAUCCCUAUCAAUAAAUGGAAAAUAUUAUGUUUUGAUUUAAA